AUGUCACGUAUUGUAUACAUUGUCGUGGUAUUGUCGAUUAUUGCCAUUGCCAUUGCCAAUCCAGAAUCAGUAUGUCCUGGCUAUGGAUUCGUUCGUCCAGAAGAACCAUGUGUUACUGAAUGUAAACCUGAAAGUGAUACUUGUGAUGCCGGCAUGAAAUGUUGUUAUACGCCUCAAAAACCAUGUGGAUAUCGUUGUCUCGUUGGCAAAGACAAAAUAGACAAAAAUGGUACAUGUCCACCGCAAGAUUCCGAUCAAGAUAAUUUCGAUUGGUAUUUAUGUGAUGGACAUUUUUGUGAUGUUGACUACGAUUGUCCAUGCGGAAAAAAAUGCUGUCCUAACAAGUGUGGUUCAAAAUUAUGUAUUAAUCCCUAA